GCUCUGCGCCUCCUACUCCUGCUGCUCCUGGCCGUGGCCCUGCCUGCCAGGGCUGCCCAGGCUGCUCCGCUACAAGCGUGGCGAGCAGACUGGAAUCGUGACAUGGGUUCUCAGGAAAUCCUGAUGAAUGAUGGUUUGAAGUUCCUGGAGGAUGCUGGAGCUGAACCUGCCGGUGAAGGUCCCACAUCCAGGACUGAGGCUCUGGGAGUUGCUGAGGGUGUGUCUGCGGGGAGGACUUCUCAAGCUCCAGGGCUGGAUGCUUGGCCCCAACCCAGCUCCCAUGGCAGGGGGAAGAUCCAAGACACAAGAGACAAGAUAUCCCUGGAACCACCCACACAGAUGAAGCAAGAGCUGAAGAAAAUGCGGCAGGGAGGACAAGAGAUAGACAUAGAGCUUCAGUGGAAGGUGGCAUUUCCUGAAGGAAGCACUCCAUCUUUGGUGCCAGCCCCAGCUGCAGGAAAGAAGGCAAUGCCAGACAUAGGCACAGGCACAGCAGACUGGGAUGCUGGGACGGUUCCUCCAUUAGCGUGGCCCUCUGAAGUUGUGAAGCCCUCUGAGCAUUCUGCAGCCAUGUCUGAAGGGACAACUCCACCAACUCCUACCUUGGAUGCUGCACAAAAGCCCAGCUCCCAUCACAGGGGUCCUACGACAGGAGAGACCAAAGACAUGGCAGGCAAGAAAUUCCAGGACCCAUUAGAAAUCAUGUGGCAAAUGCUGAAGGAACGUCUGCAAAGAAGGCAAGAAAUGAAAGGAGAGCCUGUGCAGAUGGAAGCAUUUCCCAGAGGAAGUAGUGGUUCCGUGCCAGCCUCUGCUGCAGGAAGGGAGGCCAUGCCAGGCACAGACACAGGAGAUGAGGUUGCUGGGAAGGCUUCUCCAUCAGCUUGGAUGAAUAAAGUUUUGAAGCCCUUGGAGCCUCCUGCAGAUGUGUCUACAGGGAGGACUUCUCCAGCUUCUCCAGCUCCUACCUUGGAUGCUAUACGCAAGCCCAGCUCCCAUCACAGGGGUACUCCAACAGGGAAAGUCCAAGAUACAACAGAUAAGAUGUCCCUGCAAACUUCCAAACAGAUGAGGCAAGAGCUGAAGGAACCCCUGCAGACAAGAGAAGAGAUGGACAUAGUGCUUCAGUGGAAGUUGGCAUUUCUUGAAGGAAGCACUCUAUCUUCGGUGCCAGCCCCUGCUGCAGGAAAGAAGGCAAUGCCAGACACGGGCACAGGCACAGCAGACUGGGAUGCUGGGAAGGAUUCUCCAUUAGCCUGGCGCUCUGAAGUUGUGCAGCCCUCCGAGCAUUCUGCAGAUGUGUCUGCAGGGACGACUUCACCAACUCCUACCUUGGAUGCUGCACAAAAGCCCACCUCCCAUCACAGGAGUCCUACGACAGGAGAGACCAAAGACAUGGCAGGCAAGAAAUUCCAGGACCCAUUAGAAAUCAUGUGGCAAAUGCUGAAGGAAUGUCUGCAGAGAAGACAAGAAAUGAAAGGAGAGCCUGUGCAGAAGGAAGCAUUUCCCGCAGGAAGCAGUGGUUCCGUGCCAGCCUCUGCUGCAGGAAGGGAGGCCAUGCCAGGCACAGACACAGGAGACGGGAAUCGUGACAUGGGUUUUCAGGAAGUCCUGAUGAAGGAUGGUUUGAAGUUCCUGGAGAAUGCUAGAGGCUGA